UGAGAAUAUUUUACUCGAACGAAGCUUUUCAGUAAAAUCUCCAAGCUCUGGGCUUCAAUGGCGUCGUCUAUGGCGCGGAUCUUCUCCCUCCCUCGCUCUACCACCACCACCACUCCCAUAUCCCACCUCACUCUCUCUAAAACCCGCCCCUUCUCCACCACCGCCACCACCACCCACCACCAACUCAACCUCCCAUCCUUCCACCCCUCCCCGGACGCCGACCAAAUAUCCCAACUCCUCCUCCACCACCACAACCCUUACCACCCCACCGAAUCCCCCCUCCAACUCACCGGCAUCCUCCUCUCCCCGAACGUCGUACACCAAACGCUAAUCCGCCUCCGAAACGUCUCCAAAAUCGCCCUCUCCUUCUUCCACUGGGCCAAGUCCCAGCCCAACUACCGCCACGACCCCGCCGCCUACCACCUCAUGAUCGACGCCCUCGGCAAGGUCCGCCAGUUCGACGUCGCCUGGCAACUAGUUAUCGAGAUGGAUAAUUUGAAACUAAAACCUAGUUUCGCAACGUUCGGGAUCUUGACCCGCAGGUUGAUCUCCGCCGGGCUAACUCGCCAGGCGAUCCGCGCGUUCGACGACAUGGAGAGUUUCGUCGAGAAGGAAACGAGUCGCGACGAGUUCCGUUUCCUUCUCGAUACGCUGUGCAAGUACGGGUACGUGAAGGUGGCGACGGAGGUGUUCAAUGAGAGGAAGUCUAGGUUUGGAGUUGAUGUGAAAAUGUAUACGGUUUUGGUGUACGGGUGGUGCAAGAUAAAUCGGCCGAAAAUGGGGGAGAAGUUUUUUAGAGAGAUGGUGGAUAGGGGGAUUGAGCCCAAUGUCGUUACUUACAACGUGCUGUUGGAUGGGAUUUGCAGGAAGUCGAGCUUGCAUCCGGAGGAGAGGUUCGAGAGGACUAUAAGGGACGCGGAGAAGGUGUUUGAUGAAAUGCGCGAGAGAGGGAUAGAGCCUGAUGUCACGAGCUACUCGAUCGUGCUUCAUGUUUACAGCCGGGCACAUAAGCCCGAGUUGUGCCUUGAUAAGUUGAAGAUGAUGAAGAGUAGAGGGAUAUGCCCGACGGUGGUGAGUUACACGUCGGUUGUCAAGUGCCUUUGUUCAUGUGGGAGAAUUGAAGAUGCUGAGGAGUUGGUUAAUGAGAUGGUGGGUAACGGUGUUAGUCCUACAGCUGCGACUUACAACUGUUUCUUUAAGGAGUACAGGGGAAGGAAGGAUGCGGACAGGGCUUUGAAUUUGUAUCGGAAGAUGAGACAAGAAUUGCAACAGUUGCCCAGUGCGCAUACGUACAAUAUUUUGGUGGGGAUGUUUGUGAAGUUGGAUCGAAUGGAGAUUGUGAGGGAGAUUUGGGACGAUAUGAAGGCUAGUGGGGGUGGACCAGAUUUGGAUUCGUACACGUUGUUGAUCCACUCGUUAUGUGAGAAAAAGAAGUGGAAAGAAGCUUGCCAGUUUUUCGUAGAGAUGAUAGAGAGGGGGUUGCUUCCGCAAAAAGUCACUUUUGAGACUCUGUACCGCGGGUUAAUACAGUCGGAUAUGUUGAGAACUUGGAGAAGAUUGAAGAAGAAGCUUGAGGAAGAGUCCAUAACAUUUGGUUCAGAAUUCCAAAAUUAUCACUUCAAGCCAUAUAGGAGGUGAUUUACCACCAUGGAUGUCGCAGUGUCCAACUCAAAAUCAAUUGAACAAGAGCGAAGUGGCCCACAUAGCUCGUAUUAUAACUUGGGAGGUGCUAUACAAGAGGGCAGGGAAGUGAACCGGUCCGUGAACAACUUGAGAAACCAUUAGCGUUUGUAACUGCAAUAAGUAAGUUUGAUGAAGCAAGUGUUGCCGAACAACUAUGUUAGUAGAAAUGUGAAGGGUUGGUAGAGGUAAAGUUUAGGUAACCAUCGUCUACUGCAUAACCAACUGAACUGGGUCAUGGAAGGAGGCCUUUUUUUGUCAUCUGGGUUUUCUCCAUUGACGUUCAGCAAUUUUGCGGAAUCACAAGCUGAUUGUUUGCUCCAGAGGACUCCAGUGAGGAUUUCAUGUUGAGAACCAGAUGUUUUAUUAACUGGAUGGUCUAGUAGUGUAAUUCUCUUUCUUCCAUCUGUUUUAUUAACUGGAUGGUCUAUCGGUGUUUUCGUGCUGUUGUGGCAACGAACGGCGGUUAUUUCUAAUUAUGUUGGGGGUUAAUAGUAUUCGACUACAGUCUUUGAGAGGCAUCUUUUCA